AUGUCACUUGAAGACAUAAAACAGGCCACACACAACUUUCAUAAUGACAAUUGCAUCGGGGGAGGAGGAUUCGGGAGAGUCUAUAAAGGAAACCUUCAAGAUGGUGAUGGAUUUAAAACCAUUGUUGCAAAGCGAUUGGAUAUGGGGUUUGGUCAAGGGGAACAACAAUUCCUAAGUGAGCUCCAAAUUCUUUUGGAUUAUAAGCACGAGAAUAUCAUUGGUCUUGUAGGCUACUGUGAUGAAAUGGAUGAAAAAGUCAUUAUUUAUGAGUAUGCGUCUAGAGGAAGUCUUGAUAAGUAUUUGAAUGAUGCUUCUCUUACUUGGGUGAAACGACUUAAUAUAUGCAUUGAUGUUGCAAGAGCGUUAUAUUUCUUUCAUGGAGGAGGUGGAAAACAAGCAAAGGUGAUACAUAGAGACAUCAAAUCUGCUAACAUAUUACUAAACCAUGAUUGGAAAGCAAAACUUGGUGAUUUUGGGCUUUCUUUAAUUAGUCCAUUAACUCAUGAAACAGACUAUGUCAUCGAUCAUGCAUGUGGCACAGCAGGAUACUUGGACCCAGUUUACAGAAAAUCAGGAUUCCUAACUAUAGAAUCUGAUAUUUAUUCAUUUGGUGUGGUAUUAUUCGAGAUGUUGUGCGGGAGAUCAACGUUUAUAAUCAACAAGCAUGAGGGACACUAUCUACCUGAUUUCAUUAGAAACAAAUUUGAUGAAGGAAAGCAUGAUGAGGUAGUGUUCAAGCAAAUAAGGGAACAUAUAGAGCCAAAAUCAUUAACAACAUUCCAAAAGGUUGCCUACAUGUGCUUACAUCAUGAAAGAGAAGAACGGCCAACGACAAACGAAGUUUUAAUGCAACUUAAGAAAGCAUUGGCAUUUCAAAACAUGACUUCAACAAUGACCAUGUUUGCUCCCUUACGUAUCCCACUUGAAGAUGUAGUAAAAGCCACCAACAACUUUCAUGAUGAUUACAUUAUCCAACACGAUGCAAUUGGUACCACAUAUAAAGGACAGCUCUUGUGGUCUGGAAAGGAGAUGAAGAUUGCUGCACGGAGGUUUGAUUGUAAGCACAUGGAAGGAGACCUCAAGUUCUUGAAUGAAAUUUCAGUGCUUUAUGAUUUCAAGCAUACAAAUCUGGUCUCUAUCAUUGGGUUCUCUGACGAGAAAGAUGAAAAGAUCAUCAUAACCACGUAUGAGGCCACUGGAACUCUGGGGCAGUACAUAAACAGCCCAAACCUUACAUGGAAGCAAAGAUUGAGGAUAUGUGUAGGCCUGGCUCAUGCAUUGAGUUACCUCCAUUAUGACGAGGGAUGUGAUUAUGGUAUCAUACACUGUAACAUCACUAGCGACACAAUUCUAUUGGAUGAGAAUGGGGAAGCCAAGUUAUCCGGUUUUGAAUUUUCCAUCAAACAAUCUGUAAACUAUAAGGACCAGGUGUGCCCUUGUGAACACACUGGCACAGUGGGGUGUGUGGACCCCACAAUUGAAAAGACGGGAGGUGUGACCCACAAGUCGGACAUUUACUCAUUCGGUGUUGUUUUAUUUGAAAUUUUGUGCGAGAGGAAAGCAUUAAUUCAUAACGUGGCUGAUAGGUCUCUACCUCAGUUGGCCAAGUAUCAUUAUGAAAAGAGAACAUUGCAUGAUAUAAUCCAUCCUCAUCUAUUAAAUCAAAUAUUGUCUCCGCAAUCACUCCUUAUAUACUCACAGGUAGCAUAUUCUUGCUUAAGUGAUGAUCGAGCACACCGCCCAGAUAUGCACCAUAUUGUGGCUAAACUUGAGAAAGCAUUGGAACUUCAGUUGCGUCGUGAAAAUAUUGAAAACAAGUUGGGACACUUGAAGAUUCAUCUCAAUGAUAUUAAAUCAGCAACAAAUAAUUUUUCAGAGACAUACACAAUUGCAUCUUGGGAUGACGAAUAUACUUUGUACAGAGUAGAACUCAACUGUUCUGAUAAAGAAAAUCUUUCAUCCGAAAAGGGGAAGAACAUAGGAGAACAUCCCAAGGGACACGACAUUGUGGUUAUAAAACGGUACACCUCUGGAAAUCAGUGUUUCGGAGAAGAAGAGCGUUUUACAGAAAUUGAGAUGCUUUCGAGUGUUGAGCAUCCGAACAUAGUCACUUUAAUUGGAUUCUGUAUUGAAGAUUCUGAGAUGAUCCUUGUCAUUGAGAAUGUGUCUAAUGGAUACCUUCGGAAUUAUUUGAGAAACGACAACGAUAUGCGUAUUUUGACAUGGGAGAAGCGUCUGAAAAUAUGCAUUGAAGUUGCAAACGCAUUGGAGCACCUUCACUCUGAGAUGGAAGACCAAAAGAUGAUAAUACACCGUGAUAUAUGUAGCUGCAACAUUGGGUUGGACGAGAACUGGAGGGCAAAGAUUGAUGGGUUUGGAGACUGUGUAUUCUUGCCUCCAUAUCAAGAAGACGAAGCUGUCUAUAUCAAGUGGCGUGGCAGAUCGCCCUACAUAGAUCCAGAGUAUGAGAAGACUAAUAAGUUAAAAAGAGAAUCAGAUGUAUAUAGUUUUGGAAUAGUUUUGCUCGAAAUUCUAUGUGGGAGGGUAGCCGAUGACCCACUUUACAUGAAGGAGAGUGACAAAGGGUUGGGCCCUGUGGCAAGACAAAGCUUCUCCACAGGAACUCUAGAGGACAUGAUAGAUCCUAUACUAAAGGAAGAAACCAGUGAAUACAAUUUUGUCCUAAAGAGAGGACCCAAAAAGGAGUCUUUACACACAUUCAUGAAAAUUGCAUAUCAAUGUGUGGCAGAAACUCAAGAUCAACGUCCGACAAUGAAAGUCGUUGUCAAGGAACUUGAGAAAGCAUUAUCAUUUCAAUUGAAUUCAGAGGUAAAAUCUGAUUAUGUGGAGGAGAAGAGUCAUGCUUCCAUAAUUGAGACACAAGUAGUUGAGCUUUCCAAUGAAUUGAAUAGUAUGAACAUGACUGACAAAUCUGAAAAUUUUGAAAUUCAUAACAAGGAAAAUAUGUUACAUGACCAAGCGGAUGACCCAGCUGAACCUAAUUGUUGAAAGUCAGAGUCUCAGGAAGGCUGCUACACGUUCUUGGCCAAACAUGUCAGAAACAAGUGCACAGAUAUGAAAAGGAGGCUAAGUUGCAGGUUCUUUUGGUUGUUGUAUUAGGUGGGUUUGGCUGGACAGCAGUUCGCGUUGAAACUAGUCAUGUUUAUAUAGGUUAAGUUUAAACAGGCUGGGUGGAUUCUGUUGGACUUUUUUGCAUAAAAGUUAAUUUGUUUGUAUAAGUGAAUGUCAUGUUGAUGCUUCUCUAGUUCUUUAUGUACUUGUUUAUAUUGAUAAUUAACUUUCUUUUA